GUUUUCGGUUUUCGGAGAAAGUUUUUACAGUUUUUGCGCGCUGCAUCGUGCCAGAGUAAUUCGCAAUGGCGCCCGCCAACAUUGGGAUCCUCGAGGUCCUCGAAAACCUCUUCGACCGAUACAAAGUCAACCUGCUUAAGAUGAUGUUUGGCACCUUCAUCGCCACGAUCGUGUUCUUUGGCGGUUUAAUGACUUUCGUGGAGAAGUACCUGCCCAAUAGCAUACGUCAGUCCUUCCGGUAUGGAAAGCACAGUUUCAAGGGCGAAACGGAUCCUUUGGUUGCCUGGCUAGAAGUGCCGAAAUCCUGGUUCAAGCACUUCUACGUCUUCGCCUUGUUUUGGAGCUGGCUGUGGUUUUAUCUGCUAGUAUCCACUGUUCGGGAACAAAAAGAGGCGCCCGAGUAUGUCCUUCGAUUCCUGGACUUCUUUGGCGGCGGACGGAGUCACCGAAAAGUGGAAAUCGACUCUACUACAGCCGUUGUCGGCUCACUGAUGCUCACUUUGCAGUGCACCCGGCGUUUUUACGAAACCAACUUUGUGCAGAUCUUUUCCAGAAAGAGCAAGAUUAACCUAUCGCACUAUGUCGUGGGCUAUGUCCACUACUUUGGCGCCAUUAUAGCUUUAUUAUCCAAUACCUCCGGCUUUGUACGCGGCUCCAAGCCCAUGGAGUUCAGCCUGGACAAGCUGACCGGCCAGCAAAUACUCUACCUCGUUGUGUUCUUCGUCGCCUGGCAACAGCAGUAUGCCAGCAACAUAAUACUGGUUAACCUUAGGAAAGAUCCGCAGACAGGCAACGUUCGUACGGAGAAGCAUCUCAUGCCCAAAGGAGGAUUGUUCAACCUACUUUCGUCGCCACACAUGUUCCUCGAGGUGGUUAUGUACUUCUGCAUCGCCGAUCUCUACAUGCCCGUCAAGAUUUGGCGCCUCAUCUUUCUUUGGGUGGCCAGCAAUCAAACGAUUAAUGCCCUGCUGACCCACAAAUGGUACAGGGAGACAUUCAGGGAAUAUCCGAAAAACCGACGCGCCAUCAUUCCGUUCCUGCUCUGAGUCCGAAGACUGGAAAUAUUUCGCAUUUUUGUACAAAUAAUUUAGUAGUGGAAUUUAUUAAAGUCGUUUUACACGCACGAAAAA